AUGGAGAAUUCUGUUAGAGUAUCUCUUAAGAAUCUUGGAGUGUCAUACUUGGAUCUCUAUUUGAUGCAUUGGCCUGAGAGCUCGGCAUUUGGAGAUGCUACUGAUCCUCCUACUAAGUCAGGGAGUGAGUAUAGGCAGUUUCUGAAUCGGUUCAAGACUACAUGGAAAGCAAUGGAAGGUCUGGUGGAGUUGGGUCUAGUUCGAGCCAUUGGCGUUAGCCAUUUUAAUAUAGAGCAGAUCAAAGAAUUGCUUAAGUUUGCAAAAAUGGUUCCAGCAAUCAAUCAGUAUUAUAUGGUGAAGUUUGGUCUUCAAUUCAAACAAGUUUUCUUCAUAGUUAUUAACGUGGAUAACUAUGAUUGUGAUUGUGAUUGUGAUUCCUCAACUAAUAUGAUUGUGAUUGUGAUUGUAAUUGUGAUUGUGAAUGUGAUUCCUCAUUUGGUGGUUGCUCUUUGGUGUUUUCUGAAUCAUCAUCAUCAUCAUCAUUAG